CGCAUACUUUGGGUGCCUCCUUACAUGUCGUUCACUUAUUUAUACUUAUUUUUAGCCUCCUUCCCGGUUAAUCGUAACUUCAGUGAUGUGACAUCCAAGCUGGCGUCUCCUGCUUCGCCUACAGCCGCUCUUGCCGAUCCACUUGCUUCCCCAGACUACUUCGGCUUCCGCGAUUAUUUGUCCUUGGAGCAGCUCUUCAGGGCUCGUGUACACCUGGGCCAUCGAUCAAUGCUGCGCAACCCCUAUAUGACGCCUUACCUUUUUGGUUGUCGUCAGGGUAUCGACAUUAUUGACCUAGAGCAGACUCUUGAGCUCUUGUUUGCGGCACUCAAUUUCACCGCGCACGUUGCCUACCGAGGUGGUAUUAUCCUCUUCAUGGCACAGCACAAACAGAUGAUGCCGCUGGUGGAGCAGACGGCGCGUGUUGUUGGUGAGUACUCCUACUGUCGACCAUGGGGCGGUGGUGUUUUCACUGACUCCUCCAAGUUUUUCAAGUCUGCCGCGGUACGUCUGCCAGAUCUCAUCAUUAUGCUGAACACGCUGACACCGUUUGGAGCGCCUCAUGUGGCUGUGCGGGACGCCGCUAAAAUGCUCAUCCCCACGGUGGCUGUAGUUGACUCAAAUGCUGAUCCGCGUUUGGUGACCUAUCCUGUUCCUGGCAAUGACGACUCGCCGACUGCUGUGCGCCUUUGGUGUUCCCUGUUUGGCGAGGCCGUGUCUCAUGGCAAGCGACGGGCUCGGCGCGAUGCAAAUCUACGUCAGCAACUGAAGGACCAACAGGCGGUGGCCUGA